CAUACCAUGUCAUUUAAGCAGUAUCGAUUGUCAAUGUCAUGCCUAAAUUUGUAAACAAGUCUUCAAAGAUAAAAAUUCAACCCAUAACACGAAUUUUAAAUAAAAAUUAUUGCUAAUAUGACCGGCGAAUCAGAAAGGAGUCACUGUUUUAAAAUAGAAAAUAAAUUUAUUGUUAAAAGUGGUUGUAAGAAACGUAUGUGGAGAUCGCUUAAACAAAUAUUAACUACUGAAAGAACACUACCAUGGCCUAAUGAUGCUGUUUUAUAUUUUUCAAUUAAUGCACCACCUACGUUUAAGCCAACUAAGAAGUACUCGGAUAUCUCUGGCUUGCCAGCACCUUAUAUAGACCGUCACUCAAAACUGUACUACAGUAACGCAGAAGAGUUUGCGACUGUAAGAAGCUUACCAAUGGACAUCACUGCUGGAUACCUACAACUGAGAGGAGCUAAUACAAUUGUUGGUUAAUUUUAUCUAAUACACCCAUUUAUGCAUUAUCUAAAUAAAAAUACUCUUAAAUUUAAA